ACUCGGUUCAGCAGCGUCUCUCUCAGUGAUGAGAAAAUUCCUGCAGGAAGAAACAACUGGAUGAAGUGAGGCGCUGGAAGCUAGCGGGAAAAGCACAACUAAACGGCUGAAACACCACUCCCGAGGCUAGAUUUCCACCAUAUAUACUUUCAGGAUGUCAUGGCGACUCGGCAUGUGUCCCAAGUCAGAGCCGACCUGUUAGCCUGCUAGCUUUCCUGCCCUUGCACUAAUCAUCAUCGGUUCGGUCAUGAACCACACGCCCAGCCCUCACAUGGCCGAGGCGGCUAAAUCGGGUCUGCUGUGCGGCCUGGGCGUGGGUCCGGACCGAGUGCGUUCUCCGGACAGCAUGACCCACACGCCAAGCCCCACGGUGGGGACGCCCAGCGCUAGCCCUCCCCUGCUGCUGUCCCCCGGUCUGGGCUGUGACGGUAUGGGUUCGGGAGCGGACUGGGAGAGCCGCGAGGAGCUGCGUCUGCGGGAGCUGGAGGAAGCGCGAGCUCGUGCCGCUCAGAUGGAGAAGACGAUGCGCUGGUGGUCAGACUGCACGGCCAACUGGAGGGAGAAAUGGAGUAAAGUACGCGCAGAGAGGAACCGAGCACGGGACGAAGUCCGACAGCUCCGCCAGCGCCUGGACGCGCUCACGAAAGAGCUAACGGGAGUGAGGAGAGAGAGACAGGAGCUGGCCUCCGAAAACGAGCAACUCCAACUCGAGGUUCAGAGACUGAGAGCUGAUCAGAGCUGUCCGUCAAACGCCAUUGUCUCCUCUCCCAUAUCCAACUCCUCCACCACCGACUCUGACAAACAGCACAGCCACGAGGAUGAGAGUGUUGGAGACGGUCCAGGCUCGCCAGAACCAGAACCUGUCAGAGAUGUAGGAGUCGAGAAAGUAGACCGGCAAAAGGAGCUGCAGCUGUUGGAGGCUCUGCUAAGGGCGAAAGCCGAGGCUCCGGACUCGUGGGACUCUCGCAGCGUGAGCAGCCUGCGUACGGCUCUGAGCCGCCAGGACCGGAACAGGCUGCUGUGGGAGGAUCUGGCAACCCUGGACGAGGACUCCAGCAAACUCAACGUCCUGCAGCUGCGUCUCGACGAGUCCCAGAAAGUCCUGCUGAAAGAGCGCGAGGAUAAACUUGCACUCAGUAAGAACAUUGAGAAGCUGGAGGUGGAGCUGUGUCAGUGGAAGCUCAAGCACGAGGAACUGAAUAAGAGCAAACAGGAAGCUCUCAAACAGCUGAACUUGUUGAAGGAGGUACAUCAGGAUGAACUCGGCCGCAUGUCUGAAGAUCUGGAGGAUGAGCUCGGAGCUCGGACCAGCAUGGACAAAAAACUAGCCGAGCUUCGAGCAGAGAUGGAGCGUCUGCAGGUGGAGAACGCGGCGGAGUGGGGCAGGAGGGAGCGACUGGAGACGGAGAAGUUGGCACUGGAGCGUGACAAUAAGAAGCUGCGUGCGCAGAUGGAGGACCUGGAGGAGCAGCUGGCACGCAAACGCAGACAGGCAGCCAGCGCACUGGACACCGACCUCAAGAGCAUCCAGAGCGAGCUGUUCGAGAGGAACAAGGAACUAGCAGACUUGCGUCACAUCCAUACGAAGGUAAAGAAGCAGUACCAGGAGAAGACAGCUGAGCUAGCACAUGCUAACCGGCGGGUGGAGCAGCAUGAAGCAGAGGUGAAGAAGCUGAGGCUGAGGGUGGAGGAGCUGAAAAAGGAGCUGGGGCAAGCAGAGGACGAGCUGGAUGACUCUCGUAACCAGACCAGGAAGUUGCAGCGAUCUCUGGAUGAACAAGUGGAGCAAUCAGAGAACCUUCAAGUUCAGCUGGAACAUCUACAGUCCAGGUUGAGGCGUCAGCAGAACCCGAGUCUGUUCGGGAAAAUGAGGACGUCCUCGUCCUCGUCACGGUUCUGCCCCGAUGACCCCGAGCGCCCGGCCAGCGACCCUGACGAUGAGGAGGAAGAGCUGCAGAUUCAGAUCCCGUGAUCCCCAUCCCAUGAUAUAUGAACCAUGACCUUUAACCUGUCAGGAUCACACAGGACGGGUUCUGAUGUGGAGCCGUGUCUGUGAGACACAGGGAUGGUUCCUCUGUGGUUCCUGUGCAGACAGAGGAGCUGGAGGAGGAAGUGACAUCAGCAUCAAACACAUUUCACACGCGUCAUCUUCGGUUAUUAAUUCUUCUUCCGCUGAGCCGUGCUCUCGGACCCUCGGAGUUCUUUGACGCCGGGCAACGCUGUAAGCUCCAGUACUCUACAGGUGUGAGGGUGGAGUAGGUGGAGCUUGUAAGUGUUGGUUUCACUGAACAUGAAAAACACCCAAGAAUCUUCAGGAUUUGAUUUGUCUUUUGAUUUGUCUUUUUAAUAUAAAGAGAGAUACAUUUAGGGUUAAUCAGAUUCCGUUUAGAUUGUCAGACGUUUGCCCAAUCAGCACUCCACAUCAUAUCAAGCUCCGCCUACACGCCCUUGUUUAUCAACUGUAGGUAACUGUUACUGUACUGUCCCAGUGUAAAAGUGAUAUAAUUACACACUUCAUCAGCUUCCUGUACCACUUUUUUUAUUCUUUUUAUACUACUUGGUAAAGAAUGCGGUGUCGUGUCGUCGGUUCUGUGUGACGUUUUCUCCAGGUUAACACUCCUCUCCAUCGUGAUUGCCGUGUGUGUGUGUGUGUGUGUGUGUGUGUGUGUGUGUGUGUGUGUGUGUGUGUGUGCGCGCGCGCUCUGUUUUGGUGUUAGAGCUCUGACACACGUACCUUGCUUUAGGAUUUGGGGGCGUGUCCUUCAGCCCUCUGUAGGUGACAGAACAGAAAGCGAGCCGUCUGAUUGGCUGUUCAGAUCAUGUAUCCUAAAUAUAGUCCUGAUUUUGUGUUAAUUACAAAUUGAGUCGUUAGUUUUUCCCUUUAAGGUGUGUGUGUUCAUGCUCCAGUGGGAUUCUUGAACAGUGCUUCAGGCUUUUUGUUACCCUUUCAGUGGACUCUCUAGACUCCGCCCUGCUUGAGAUUGACCGCGCUUUCCAAGUGUGUAAAUUUGUCAUCUCCAUGCGAUCGCAUCAUAUCAUGUGCUGUGACAUUUUAUUAUUCUCACACACAGUGAUGAGGUGAUCAGUACUCAGAUCAGUACUCAUUAGAUCAGAUCAGUACUUGGAUCAGUACUCAGAUCAGUACUCAUUAGAUCAGAUCAGUACUCAGAUCAGUACUCAUUAGAUCAGAUCAGUACUUAGAUCAGUACUCAGAUUAGAUCAGUACUCAGAUCAGUACUCAUUAGAUCAGAUCAGUACUCAGAUCAGAUCAGUGAUCAGAUCAGUACUCAGAUCAGAUUAGAUCAGUACUCAGAUCAGUACUCAUUAGAUCAGAUCAGUACUCAGAUCAAAGUAGUACUUGGAUCAGAUUAGAUCAGUAAUCAGAUCAGUACUCAAAUUGGAUCCGUGAUCAGAUUAGAUCAGUGAUCAGAUCAGUACUCAGAUCAGUAAUCAGAUCAGUACUCAUUAGAUCAGAUCAGUACUCCGUUCAAAGUAGUACUUGGAUCAGAUUAGAUUAGUACUCGGAUUAGAUCAGUGAUCAGAUCAGUACUCGUAUUAGAUUAGAUCAGUACUCGGAUUAUAUCAGUGAUCAGAUCAGUACUCGUAUUAGAUUAGAUCAGUACUCAGAUUAAAUCAGUGAUCAGAUCAGUACUCAGAUUAUAUCAGUGAUCAGAUCAGUACUCAGAUUAUAUCAGUGAUCAGAUCAGUACUCAGCCCCGGUUGGUGUUGAGUUCUUUAGCGAGGUCCUGGUGUCACGGCUCUGACCUCGAUCUCGGCUCCGUCCUGCUUUUAUUGUUUAAGCCAUAAAUCGAUUCUCCUCCUGGACAAACAUCAACCACCAACAAUGAGGACCAAUACAGACUUACAGACUUCUUUUCUUCAGCCAGAUGUUUUUACUCGUCCUUCUGAUAAAUAUUUAUAUAUUUUUUUGUUACAUGAAUUGUUCUGUAUUACGUUUUUUGUAUUUAGCAUUAUAAAUAUUAAGUGUGUAUAAACACA